CCAUAACUCCCAGCGAAUUCCCAUUGUCAUUUCCUGCACGGAAGUUCAAAACAUACGAUCACUGCUCGCCUUUUCAUAGGGCGACUUUCAAUGAGUUUGACGAUAUUUACAUCUGAGAUCCAUCGAAGCUAAUAAUUAGGCACUUUAACUCAGAACCCUGUGCAUCUAUGGAGACGCUGGAUCCUGGCCCUGCAGAUGGUGAGGAGCGCCUGGUGGAGCUGCGGCCAAGAACCCGCUCCAAUCCCGAAGGCGCAGAGGACCGUCGAAGCAGCACGGGUAGCCUUGGAGGCGGAGGUAAUCCCGGUUUAUCGCAACCGGCAGUGGGUAGCCGCGUCGAAGGUGAGGGCGAGGCCUCGACCAGCGACAGCCCUCUGUCUUCCACCACUACAACCAUUUCUGCAGCUGCGGCUCAGACCGCCGCCCCCGUUGUCCCUACUACUGUCUCCUCAAGUGUACAACUUGCUCUGGCCGCUGCAUCCAAGGAAAGGCCUAAACCCACACCACAGCAGCCUGCACUGACAGCCUCGGUGCCUCAGCCAGCAGAGUACCAAGUCAGAGUACCUCGUGUCAACUGUCCAGAAAAAGUGAUCAUCUGUUUGGACCUUUCUGAAGAGAUGUGUUUACCAAAGUUGGAGUCAUUCAAUGGCUCUAAAACAAACGCCUUGAACAUUUCCCAGAAGAUGAUCGAGAUGUUUGUUAGAACCAAACACAAGAUUGACAAACGGCAUGAGUUUGCUCUGGUGGUGGUCAAUGAUGAUGCUCUGUGGCUUUCAGGCUUCACUUCAGACCCCAGGGAGCUAUGCAGCUGUCUGUACGACCUGGAGACCAACGUGUGUGAGACUUUCAACCUGGAAGAUCUUCUCGGUGUCAUUGGUCAGAAGAUAGACCUGCCGUCGAUGGAGAACAUUCAGACCAUUCCACCUCCUUACGUGGUCCGGACUGUACUUAUUUACGGUCGCCAUGCCGGACAGCUACAGCUUAACCCCUCUGAGGCUGUCAGUAAAAUGCUUCAAUCUCCCUAUUUUUUCUUCGAUGUGGUCUACCUCCACAAUGGUGCAGAAGAUCAUGGGGAGGACACAAGCUGGCGGGACAACUACACCUCUUUCUGUAACCUUGACUCAAAGGACAUGUGCUACCGCUUUGAGGUUUCCUUGAGUGGCCCCGCCAUCGAGCUGCACAAUUGCAUGGCCAAACUUCUGGCUCACCCUCUACAGAGGCCUUUCCAGAGUCAUUUGUCAUACAGCCUCUUGGAGGGAGAGGAGUCGCAGGACAUUGAAGCCACUGUCUAAAAGUGGACUUAUCUUAACUUGACCUGACUGUGAAGAAUAAAUGCACACUGUAAAUACACAGACCAGCAACUGGGUGGUAGUUUUCUGCAUUUUUAGGUUUUUCUCUUCCUUAUGAUAUCUAAAUAUACAUAAAAAGACUAAAUUAAUACUUAACAUAAUUCAUCAGUAUAGAUUCUCAGCACAUGUGUAACAGGUACAGGAGUAGUGAACAGGAACAUGAUGUACUGUCCAAGAUUUAAGUUAUUUGUCAUGCAUAAUCGAAGCAUUCAGGUUGUUACAAAUAAAUAAUAAAAGGACGAAAUAUUGCGACCGCAAUUUUAGGAUAGUGAAAAAUCAAUUUUGCAGUUUCUGUAAAAUGUCUUUAUUUUAUUUGGUCACGCAUGCCAUGUGUACCUUUUGUUUAUUUGAAUGUAUUAUAGUAAAAUAAAAAAUGAUUUUUGUCAUUUGCCUUACUUUCUCAGUUGAUUAGAAACCCACUCACUCCACACUUUAGGUGCAUUGAAUGCAUGAUCCUGUUCAUUAAUAGCAGCAUUAUGAAUUUUGU